AUGAAGGGCAGCUGUGCAAGUGAAAUCUGGAGGCCGCCAGAGGAGGGCUUCUUUGGUAUCACGUCCUUCUGGUUGCCCGUGAAGUCUGCACUUGACUUGAAGCAAGAAAGGCUAACGGGCUCCGUGACAAAAUACCUACCUGUCAGCGGGUAUGGCAUGGUGAAGAGCCACAUGUUCGAGGGCGAGCUGAUCUUCAGAUUAGACCGAAUAAUGCCAGAAUUUCAGGCUCACCCCUUGCACGAGAAUGAAGGGGUCGAGUUUGAUGUUCAGGCUGAUGAAAGUGGCAAAGCGGUGGCGGUAGCUGUGAAACCCGUCCUGGGCAGAAAGCCCUAUGACGUGCUGGGCCAGCGGCACAGAGGCUAUGUCAGACGCUUUGCUGAGCGCUGGGGCUUCCUCAAUGCCGCAGCAUUUGAUGGAGAUCUUUUCGUCCACCGUGACAACCUUUUGAUCGAGUUUGGCUUUGAGACUGGUGCGGAUGGUCACCCCAUUCUCCGGACGGCUUGGGGCUUAUGGAGCCUGUGCCGAGAUAGAUCCCUCAAAAAGGAACACAUCACACGCAAGGGUCAAGUCGUCGAGUUUGACGUUGCCCUGGACGACCGGGGAAGAGCAGUGGGCAACUUGGUGUUGGCGUCGAGCUGGGUCUGA